AUGGAUUCGACGCAGGAAUUUGAGAAUUUGAAGAAAGAAUGGUUUGGAAUGAAAGGAUGGAAUGAAGGCAAUGAUGGGGGUAAAUUAUUGGGGGAAAUGGCCAAGUGGAUUGGAGAAAUGCAUAAAAAUUUGGAUCAGAAGGAUAUAGGUAUUGCUGAAACUGGAUGUGAAAUGCCAUUUAAUAAUGAAGAAAAAUUGAAAGAGGAAGACAUGGAGUGGUGUAAGUUCAUUCUUGGACAUUUGUGGGGCAUCAAGAGAAAAACUAUUGAAGACUCAUCAAAGGAACCCGCAGACAUAAAAAUGAAAGAGUUUAUUCGGUGCGAAGUACUGAAUAUGUGGUUGCAUACAUACAUGAACAAAUAUUGUGGAGCUGGCACAGUUAUGACACAUGCCUAUGGAGAAAUGAAUAAUUUGUGCGGAUUAGUAGCGAAGAACGGGGAAUGUAGUAAAUGCCAGUACAGGCACUUUGGCAAUUUACAUGUAAAUAACAAAAGUGUGUAUCCGUUAAUGAUGACUGCAAUGAGAACGAUGGGAACGGAUGUAAACAGGAUGUAUAACAAAAUACCAAAAGAUCCAUGUCCACAGAGAAAAAGUUCUGAGCAAGCAGAAACAGCACAACCAAAAAUCACCGCAGAGCAUUUUCACUUUAUAACCGAGUUAUUGAUAAAAUGGAUGAUGGCAGGGAAUAUGGACAAAGUGGACAACUUUGGGGAAAAAAUAUGGGAAGAUAUCAAGGAAUUACUGCAGGAGUUCUUUGAAUAUAUGGAAGACGAGGACGAUGCCAUGGUAGUGUCAUGUAAAGAUGUGUCCUAUGAUGGAGUGUUUAUAGAUGUAAAAGAAAUGGACAGGCUUACGUGCAAACUUAUGGUGAAAGCACUGUUCUUCGUGAACAGAUUUGGUGCAAGGUGGAAGAAUGAGGAUGGUUUGUUAGAGGAGGAAGACGAAAUAAGGGCAAAAAUGAGGUGCAUUAUUGUAGGUGUACUGAUGUUUCAAACGUUAAAGGCAAAUUGCGAACGGAGAAAAGGUAUGGACUAUGCUUUGAAAAUAGUGGACAACAUUGUUGGUGACCUAGGAGGAGCAUUUGGUAAAAAUAAAUGUAAAUGGAUGGACUAUGAAGACAUGAAAGUCGGGGGAAAAAUCAUUGGUAAGACAAUAAAGGAAUGGUUACUUGCGAAUGAACAGAUAGGGGGAAAAAUAGAAGAAAUAGGAAAAAGUGCUAAUUGCAAGUGGGAAGAUUUGGGGAAUCAAGCAAGAGCAGAGAAUAAAAACAAUGAUAGUAGGAAGAUUGUGGGGAUUUUGAAGGAACAUGGGGAAGAAUUAGAGAAGGAGGAGAAGACAUGGACAGUGCCAGUAAAGUUGGAAGAUGUCAAAUAUAAGAAUAAGGAACAAAAAGCUUUGUCUCCAGCACCCCAAGAAUCUUCCUCCCACGAACAACCCCAAGCACCCGCAUCCCCCGUCCUUCCAGCUAGACCCCCUCCUCCUCCACCUCCUUCACCACCAGACGAAGACUGCAGUAAGAAGACUGUCUUAUGUGAACGCGCAAAAUGUGUAACAACACAAUGGGGAGAAAACCGAAUACUUAGCCAUAAUAUUCCUUGGGAUAAAUUUUGGCCCAACGAUGUCAAGAAUCAACUGAAAAGUCUUUCUAAAGGCAUGCUCCAGGUGAAACCAGAUGUUGACAAUGAAUGUGAUCAUAUUACGGGGGCAGAUAGUACGAACAAAGAGGCUUGUAAAUUCAUUGUUCGGGGUUUGGAGCAUAUAUAUAAAAUUGAAAAAGUAAAAGUGAAAGAUAAUUUAAGCGGAGAUCAAAAAAGAAAGAAAGAAAAGGAAACUGCAGAUAACCAAAUAUUCCAUCGAACUGUGUCGUGCUUUCUGUUGAACGCAUACAUAGAUAGGUUGAAACAGGAGGUGAAAUCUCCCUGUACAGUCGAUGAAGAAACAAUACAACAAGCAUUUGAUAAAGGGAAUGGGCAACGUACGCAAUGGUGUAAGGGUAAGGAUAAGGAAGGUAAAAGCAUGGACUGUGAGAAGUGUGAAAGGGUACCUAGCUUAGUUUGUGAAGUAACUGGAGGCAACAAACAAUACAAAGUAAAGGAAGAAGUGGAUAAGCUGUUCCAAGAUUCGAAGAAUGUGGAAGCACAGAAAGUUCUAACUGCCAUAAAUACUAUGAAUAACUUAUGUCACCGUGCAAAUUGCGUAGUAGGAAAAUGGUUUAAAAAUAGAACAACGCAGGGCGGAUCGAAGACCAUGGAAGACAUGUGGGGUGAUGUUGGUUAUAAUUUAGGAGAAAUGUCUGAGGCUAUGAACAAGAACAGCGCAACCAAGAAUAAUUUAUGUGAAAAGGCUACUUGGGGAAGUGAUGAAACGGGGAAGGCCAAAAAAAAAGCAUGUGAGCUUCUUGUAAAGGGUUUAAAGCACAUUUACAGUAUUACAAAGUAUUCAGGUGACAACAUUCUGCACCAGGAAGAUAACAGAAGGUUUAAACAAACUAUGGCCUGUCUAGCAUUAAAUGCAUAUGCAGAUAAGUUGUCUGAGCAAUCCUGCAUUGAAGAGAGUGUCGUACAGGAGGCCUUUAAAAUCGACGAGAGUUUACGCAAAUCUUGGUGCACAGGUGAUGCCUGUGAAAUAUGCAAAAGGGAGAAGGACUAUAAGAAUUGUAAAAUAAGCUGGGACGAAGAAGAGGACGAAGUGAAAGGAAAAGUGGAUGAACUGCUCAAAGGGAAUUAUACAAAAGAGCAAGAUAAAAAACAGGAAAUAAAGAAUGUUAUGAAUGAAAUAGACACCAUAUGCCAGCAGGAUACAGGAGCACCUUCAGCAAGUAGUCAAUUGGCCGGAAGUGAAAACCUCCCUGAAGCAGCAGGAGCACCUGCACCUGUAAAAAAACCAUCGGAUACUUCCGAUACAUUUGAAGUCAGUAAAAAGGAUGCAAAGGAGGAACAAGCAGGUAAGCCUAACAGUAACUCUCAACAACCUGCAGCAUCACCGGAUGAUAUUCCUGACCUGCCCACAGAAUGGAUUCCAGAUGGUGCCUCUAAGAAUGACGACACGGAUGAUAAGUACUUAAAAGGUGCUUGGUCCGUAACAGAUAAAGGUGCAGUAGUUACUGUUAUUAAUGGUGAUCCCAUUAUUACUGCAGGUUCUACUACUAUAAGUACAGGUGAUGAUACACCUGGUUCUUCCGGCUCAGGUUCAACAGUAUUAUCUUCGAAUCUAGAUCCAGGAAAUGGUUCACAGGUCCCGACUGAAACCAAGACAGCAAAAACUGAGAAACUGGUCGAUGACAAUGGUCCAGGUGGUCAACCCUCUAAUACUAGUGUUAGCGGCAGUGCUAGUACUACUAAACCUGGUGUACCAAGUGCUAUUCCUGAUGGCGUCCCUGGCGCAGGAGGUGGUGGCACUGGUAGUGGUAAAGAAGGUGCUUUUAGUCCACCAGCAGGGCAGGGACAACAACCCCCUCCUCCACCCCCACUGGAACCAGCAGGACCUGCAGCUCCAGAAACAUCACCGACAACACCACCAUUACCUAAGGGUGCCUCAACAACACCAGUUGUUCCUGCCCGAGUUGUUAACAAGAUUGACAACCUUUCUGAUCUCCUUACUUCAUACCUUCCUACCAUUCCCGUCUUCAUUGGUAUUUCUGCUAUGACCUACCUCCUUUGGAAGUAUUUUUUUUUCGGUAAAAGAAGAAAACGUUACAUAAGAGCUCAUCAAGUGCGUCGUCCUCCAACAUUGCAAGAACAACUCCUUGCUCAUGUGGAGGACCAGGGAGAUGGUCCACAUGAAUAUACUUUAGUAAAGGAACGAAAACAACCAAGAUCUGCGCCCAAAGAAGGAAAAACGAGGAGGCCAAAAAAACAUGCUGAUCGCCGUAUUUCUCACCGUGCUAUUAUUGAUAUCCAUUUAGAAGUCUUAGACGAAUGUCAAAGGGAAGAUUUGCAUUCGACGAAGGAAGAUUAUUUCGCCAUUCUUGUUCAAGAAUUUAUGGGAAGCAAUUUUUUAGAGGAGAAAAAGGUCCCUAAGAAACAGGUUCCAAGUUUAGAUUCCGGGUUUAGGGUUAAUAUUCUUAAGGGAGAUGUUCCUGAGGAAAAUGUUCCAAGUUCAGAUUCCGAGUUUAGGGAGGAAGACUUUCUUGCUAUGGAAGGGGUUCCUUUGGAAGAUGUUCACAGUUUAUAUUCCGGGUUUAGGGAGGAAGACUUUAUUCUUACAGAAUAUAUUCCUGAGGAAAAUAUUCCUAAGGAAAGUGUUCCUAUGGAACAUGUUCAAUGUUCAGUUUCCGGGUUUAAAGUGUAG